AUGCGUUCCUUAAAUUACCUUUUCUUUAUCGGAAAUGUUGUGGCGGGCAGUUAUCUGGCUAUCAUUGAGGACAAUGACAGCGAGACUAACUGUAGAGUGUGGUCUCAGAAUAACCACGGCUGUACAGGCUACUCAGCAACCUUUGCUAAGCUGAAAGGCAAUGAUUGCUCAGGUUUUAUUGGUGCCGGUUUCGACGAUAAGUCGGUGAAAGUUGAUAUAUGUGGCACUGAAAAUGGAGAGCAGGUUGCCUGGGUGACAGUCAACAAAAACGGCAUUGUGUCUUUCCUCAACCGACAGGGAGACACGUCUAGUUGUAUGCUAGAAAACGGUCUUAAGGUGCCCAGUGGGUGUAGCAUUGGUAAUACAGGUUCCUCUCAGACGACCACGCCGAUCUCUGCAGGCAGUCAGUUCUCGUUCUCAACUGCAAUCGGCACGUCCACUUCUGAAACAGCCCGUGCUGAUCAAUCUCCAACUCCGAUAUUCACGUCGACGCCUACAGACAGUCUAACUUUGUCUUUAAUCUCAGCCGGUAAAUCGGCUACUGAGACACCCCUUGCAGAUCACUUGCCAACCCUCACGUCUACCCCGGCAUGCAAAUGCUCUUGCAAAUCUGCAGUCAUCUGA